UCUUCAUCAUCUUCAUUACAACCCAUUUCCACUCAACUGCCUACAAUCCCAACAAUAUAUAAAAUAAUUAUACACCCUCUCUUAAAUCUAACGACCAAGAAAAAAUAUCCUCAAAAUGUUCCGCUUCCACAAAACCCUCGACGUAAUAACCCUCUUCCACAAACCCUCCCUCCCAGCCUCCACUCGUGUCCUCACCCUGCUCAAACAAGCCAACGCCGACGCCGCCGCCGCUGCAACCCUCGACCAAGCCUCCGACGCCCCCGCCAGCCGCCGCUCCGAGUUCGAGCUGAACGUGACAGAAGACCCGCCCACGCCCGACCAGCUCAAGAAUAUCUUGGACUACGUGGGUGCCGGAGUGGGCGGGGAGGUGGCGAAGACGAGGGGCGGCGCGGCGAUGGCGAGGCCGGGUGAUCUUGUGCGGGGGGCGAGGGAUCGGUUGGAUGCGCUGAGGAGGCUGAAGGAGGAUGGAGGGCGGUUUGUGAGGCCUGUGGUCGUCGAUUGGAAUAACGGUACAGCAGUGAUUGGCGAUAAUGAAUCCGAGAUUCUAAAGCUGGUGCGCGAGAUUCCCGCGGAUACGUCGCCGCAAUAAAAUAGGGAGGCAAAAACGAGUUCGACGAUUGGUAUCAUAUCAUGAUGGAUGAUUAUUCGAGAUUUGUUUCAGGCGGUAGGCGGCCUGUUCGGAGAGGAGGUUGGGGGAUAACUAGGCACGGGGACGGGGACGGAGGUGGCGAGGAGAGGCAUUAAAGCGUAUAAUUGCCCGGUUAGCAUCCAUACAUUGUACUGUAUAUAUAUAAUAUUUUGGCUACGACGUGGGUUUUCCACAAAGGGGAAAGAAAAGGAUCACGACACUUGGGCGCCGAUGACCAUUGAAACUUUUAUCCGGAAUCCAGGGGGCAAAGCGCUGGCUGCCAUGCACGCGCCUCUGGGUGCAUAACUACGUUUGCCCACACACGGCAUUGAGCGAACAAAAACGGAAACAGGCAUCUUCUGUAUCAUACUAUCAAGUCAUUCCUAUUUUUAUUUUUAUUUUUAUUCUCUACUUUGGUUGAUACUUUCUCUGGCCGUCAUGAGAACAUGUCCAGGACUGGAACAAAACUGUGUAUUUCGCCCUCCUCCGUUAUAUAACUACCUAGGUACAUAUACUGGGCAUACAUAUUCAAAGUACAUACAUGCAGUAGACAUAUCCAGCACAAUCAUCCUGAGGUCCCUACACCCCACGAGAUACAGACAUAUAAUUAGAAUAUUUGAUCAGCAGUUCUAUUGCCUAUAAUAAGAGUCUCAUAAUCUAUAGAAGAAUCA